AUGGCGCUCUGGAAGGCGACAAAAAGCAAGAUUGGUCACUGGUCACGGGUCGGCGGCUCUGAAUCGGAGAAAGAAUCCUUCUGGAAUGACUUGGAAGACAUGCUCCGCUACAUUCCGAACACCGAGAGCAUCGUGAUAGGUGGAGAUUUGAACGGCCAUGUUGGUGAGGAGUCACGUGAAUAUGGACGUGUACAUGGCGGCUACGGCUAUGAUCGUGAGAAUGCAGAGGGAGAUUCAAUACUCAGCACUUGCUUAUUAUCAGACCUUGCCAUUGUUAACACUUUCUUCCAAAAGAAACCCGAGCACCUCAUCACCUAUAAAAGUGGGCCGCACUCCACCCAGAUUGACUACUUGCUCAUAAGAAGAAGCCAAAUUGGUAUAGUGACCAACUGCAAAGUAAUUCCUGGGUAA